AUGGAGCAUUCUCUGCUUACAAGAGAGAGUAGUAAUAGGAGGAGUUUGAGUGAUUCCAAGCUUCAUAGGAGAGAUGCUAUUGCUUAUGGAUCUGCUUAUCAAAAAGUUGCUGCUUUGGUUGAUCUUGUACAUAACAUGGCAAUGGAUAGAGCAGCCCCAUUAUUAUGUGCAGGAAUAACGGUUUAUACUCCUUUGAAAGACAAUAACUUGGUGGAUACAAAAGGUAAAAGAAUUGGAAUUAUAGGUCUUGGUGGACUUGGGCAUGUUGCUGUGAAAUUUGGGAAAGCAUUUGGACAUCAUGUUACAGUCAUUGGUACCUCUGCAUCCAAAGAACAAGAAGCUAAAAAUAACUUAGGUGCUUAUGAUUUUUUUUUGAGCACUAAUCCCAAACAAAUGCAGGUUUGUGCUUAUGACCUUCCUACUCUUUUCCAUUUCAAUUUAUUUAAUUUACCAACUAUUAGUUGUUCUCUUUUACUAUCUGAACUCUCAACUAUAGGGAAAAGAACAGUGAAAGGAAGUAUGAUAGGAAGCAUAGAAGAGACGCAAGAAAUGAUGGACUUAUGA